UUUUUACUAUAAAAGCAUCACCACGUUGCAUGUUAUUCACAAACUUCUCAAGCUAAUUAACGAAGACAUAAAAACACAAGUUUCUCCUUCUCAACAAUGACAUCUCAUUUGCUUUUAUUUGGUCUCUUGGUGGCGGGUUGCUCCGUUGCGUUUGCUUCGGACCCUAGUCCUCUUCAGGACUUCUGUGUGGCAGACGAAAUAGACGAAAAUAGCACAGUAUUUGUGAAUGGCUUGGUUUGCAAAGAGGCAAGGUUUGUACAAGCUGAUGAUUUCUUUUAUAGUGGGCUGCAACUAAUGGGAAAUACUUCGAAUGCGGUUGGGUCAGCUGUGACUCCGGUGACUGUAGCAGAGUUGCCGGGACUUAACACUCUUGGUAUCUCAAUGGCACGUAUUGACUUUGCCCCACAGGGUAUUAACCCCCCACAUACACACCCUCGGGCCACUGAAAUUUUGACUGUUAUGGAAGGUCGUAUUCUAGUCGGGUUUGUCACGUCCAACCCUGAAAAUCGACUCAUCACAAAACUACUUCAGAAAGGCGAUGUUUUCGUGUUCCCAGAAGGUCUAAUUCACUUCCAGAAAAACGUGGGAAAUGGCUAUGCUGUUGCUAUUGCUGCUUUGAGUAGUCAAAAUCCAGGUGUUAUUACCAUUGCAAAUGUUGUGUUUGGAUCAAAUCCCGAUAUCGCAGCAGAUAUUCUUGCAAAGGCUUUUCAAGUUGACGUCAACGUCGUCUAUCAAAUACAAUCUAAAUUCUAACUUUUAUGUGAUUGAAAAAUGUUGUUUUCAGUGAUUUAAACUCUUCAAUCUUGUGAUAUUUUUUAUUUUUAUGUUACU